AUUCCAUCAAUUGGCGACGACACUGUUGUUUAAGUGAUCAUAAUCUUUUGGGAACUCAUAAUCACGUUUUUUUGUAAAACGCACUGAUUGGGGUUGCUUCACUUUUCAGCGGAAGCAGAACAAAAUGACGUCAAACUCCGCCUUUCAUGUAAACUAAGUAAGUAAGUAAGUUGAUGACCAAUUAAGUCUGAUUGCGGAUGUUGAGGGUUUUAUCGAGUUUCAUCAUCAGGCACACAUUUCAAAUUAAAAGCAUCGUUAUCGGUAAUACCGGCGCUGCAGUGACAUGGUAUCGCCCGGCGACAGUGACGUAAUUAAUGAAUUGCUCGCACCUGCGCGCCACGCCAGGUGAUGUUUACAAAGCGAGGCGCGCGCACGUGCAAAGCCGCGCUCAUGCCACGCGCACUGCCGGGGAGGAGUGAGUGACAGGCAGGGCAGCGCCUAGAAAACAAAACGACGCUCCUCUCUUGACUUCCUGUUCUUUUCUUGACUUUUUUUUUCUUUUCUUUCUUUUUAAACACAUUUAGCGGCUCCAAGGGAACAGAAGCGCAGCAGCUCUCCCGGCUCCAGGAUGACUGCGGCGGCCCGAGAAGCGUCGACGUGCCGGCUGGAGAGGAGCAGUCACACGGCCUUCAUUCACAACAACACCCUGCACGUCUGGGGAGGCUACCAGGUUGUCGCCGGCGAGGACAUCGUCCUGCCCAGUGAUGAGAUCUGGAUCUGUGACUUGGACAGCGGCAUCUGGGAGCGACGGGAGAUGAGCGGCGAGGUGCCCUGCGACCUGAUGGGCUUCUGUGGCUCGUACGUGAACGGCUCGCUCUACGUCUUUGCAGGAUGCGACCAACAAGGUUACAGCAACAAAAUGUUCAGCGUGGACCUCAUGCAGCAGUGCUACGUGUGGAAGAAGGUGACCGCCUCGAAGGGAACGCCGCCCUCGCCCAGGACCAAACACAGCUGCUGGGUGCAUGGAGAUAGAUUGAUCUAUUUUGGCGGCUACGGAUGCAAGACCCUCUUGGAGGUCAGGAACACGUCGUUGUCGAGCUUCGUCAUUGAAGAAAUGUCCUGGACGACCAUCGGCGACACGUUAUUUCGGUGCUGGGGCUGGAACAACGAGGUCAACGUGUUCGAUACACACACCACCACGUGGAGUGUCCCCGAGACUCAGGGCCCGGCGCCGACCCACCGAGGCUGCCACGCCAGCGCCGUGGUGGGGAACAAAGGCUACGUGUGUGGCGGCGUGGAAAGUGCAGAGUUGGACCUCUUCUGUCUGGACCUGGACUCGGACUCGGACAAAUGGACCUGGACUCAAUUGCGCCCCAGCAACGUGUCGCCAUGCUGUGCGCCGUUGGGCCGCUCCAUGCACACCAUGACGCCCACCUCCGACCACACCCUCUUUGUGUUCGGCGGUCUGGGCGCCGACGGGCGCACCCUCAAUGACGCCUGGCAGUUCAACACGCUCCGAAGAGAGUGGAGCAAGAUAACGCACCCGCACAAGGACAAGCCCAGGGUGUGUCAUAGCGCCUGCCUGGGAAGCGACAACGAUGUGGUGGUCUUUGGGGGAAGCAGCAACCUUCGCAUCCUCAUGGAUUCAGUAGCGGUGCUGAGGGCUCCGUCGCAGCAUCACUGCCAAGACGUGUUUAUCUUUCAGACGCAGCCGUACUCCCUCUUCAGGCUGUGCGAGGACUUCCUGGGGAGAAACGCCGAGGUCCCGGGCUGUCGUCCGGCAUGGCUGCCGACCAAGCUGCGUAGCCGAGUGGAGAAGAGAGUCGCCUUCUUCUCGCUGCUGGCGCCUUGAAGAGGAGCGACUUUUUUUUUUUUUUAAACGUGUUUAGGAGUAUAAAACAAAUAUGGUGCUUAACUUUUUUUAAAAAAAAAACAAAGUAAAAAUAGUCUUAUUUUAAUGUAAAUGUGAUAGUUUUAUCUUUAAAUGUUUUC